AUGGCCCCUGUCCUAAAUCAAAUCCAAUGGAUUUAUCGCGAGUUUGGCCUCAAGUCUCUUUUCCACACCGGCAAGAAUUCGUGGCUCAUAAUACUAUCACGAUGCACGCGGAUGUUGGCUUAUGGGACUAGUUCCCUAACACUUGUUCUCUUCUUUUCUGCCCUAGACUUUUCAGAUACUCGAAUUGGAUUGUUCAUGACUUUGACGCUAUUGGGGGAUGUUCUUCUGUCUGUUCUCUUGACAUUAGUGGCGGAUAGGGUGGGAAGACGCCGGAUUUUGUUUGGCGGCUCUCUGCUUAUGGUUCUUUCAGGGGCUACGUUUGCGCUGUCUGAGAACUUCUGGUUGCUGCUUUUCGCAGCUGUUGUUGGUGUUAUCAGUACAACAGGUGGCGACCUGGGACCCUUCCGAGCCAUUGAAGAAUCUACGCUCUCACAUCUCACAACUCCUGAGACUCGUUCGGAUGUACUUGCGUGGUAUGUUACUACUGCUAGCUUUGGCUCUGCAAUCGGGACGGAGGUUGCUGGGCGUGUGGUGGAUUACUUGCAAAAGCGAGAUGGAUGGACGAUACUUGAUGCAUAUCACAUGGUGUUUUGGAUCUACUCCAUUAUGGGAAUCCUCAACAUGGUCCUGACACUUUUACUCGACAAAAGAUGCGAGGCGGUGGAAACAAAAGAAGUUGUUGACACUGGGUCGUCACAUGGAGAAGAGUCAGGGGUUCUGCUUGACGAAAUGCACGAGCACGACGAAGACUCUGGGGAUGAAGGCCAACAUCAGAGAAGUUCAAGAUCAAUUCCGAGCCCAGACCUCCAACUCGGGAAGAAGAAAAGUCGCUUCUCGCAGAUAUCUCAGGAGACACGCAGUGUGAUGUAUAAGCUUUGGUUCCUACUCAUUGUAGACUCUUUAGCUGAUGGCAUGGUGGGAUACUCUUUGACGGUGUAUUUCAUGGACUUGAAGUUCAGCCUUGCUAAAUCGACACUGGGAGAUAUCACAUCUAUAAGUUAUCUGCUCUCUUCCCUAUCUACAAUAUUUGCGGCUCCACUAGCCCGUCAUCUGGGACUCGUCAACACCAUGGUAUAUACUCAUGUACCAUCCUCAGCAGCGGUCCUACUGUUUCCAUUUCCAUCAAGUGUCUGGAUUACAGUUGCUCUUUUCUUCCUUCGAACUGGUCUCAACAACAUGGAUCAAGCCCCUCGAUCUGCUUUCAUCGCGGCUGUUGUUAAGCCGGAAGAGAGAACAGCAGUUAUGGGCAUCACAAGUAUGCUUAGAACUUUAGCGGCAACAUGUGGGCCUACUGUUACCGGUUUACUAGCUGGAAAUGACAAAUUUUGGAUAGCGUUUGUGGCUGCCGGAGUUCUACGUCUUGCCUACGACUUUGGGCUCUUCGCGAUGUUUGUGAACAUGAAGCUAUAUAAACAUGAGAAUCCCGAGGGAACAAAAGGAGGAUUUGCUCUCACUUCUACCAGCUCACGAGAUGAAGAGGAAUUAGGAGAGCUUCGAAGGGACUCUGAAAACUCUGAAAGAGCUCCCAAAUAG